GAAUGUGUGGAUGUGGCGGGAGACUUGAGCGGCAUUACAGGCGCCGGCAUUUUCCAAAUUUGACUGCCAAGGCUACCGCAAACAAUAUUGUUGUUGACUCACUAGCUGUCCGGGUAAUGUUGUAAGUGGCAGUUGUGGUCUCUCAGAAGUUCCGCGAAUUGUUGCUAAGGCUAUUCUUCACUUCAUUGGUGCAGAAUCCAUUUUCACCCAUGCAGUCCACAGAAUCCUCCAAUGAAUCGUAGGAAAUCAAAGAAGUCCAAGUGGUCCAAAGAAGAGGACGAGCAGCUGAAACAUGCCGUGGACGCGCACGGCGAGAAGUGGGACGUGAUCCGCCAGCUCUUCUCCGGCAAGAACGAGUACGACAUCCAGAGCAGGUGGAACCGCGUCGUCAACCCUGAGCUGGUCAAGGGACCCUGGACCAAGGAGGAGGACGACCGUGUGGUGGAGCUGGUGCACCAGUACGGCGCCAAGAAAUGGUCGGUGAUCGCGUCGCACCUGAAGGGUCGCAUCGGUAAGCAGUGCCGCGAGCGCUGGCACAACCACCUGAACCCGGCCAUCAAGAAGUCGUCGUGGACGCCGCAGGAGGACGACGAUAUCCUGCGUCUGCACCGCAUCUACGGCAACCAGUGGGCCAAGAUCGCCAAACACAUCCCCGGCAGGACUGACAACGCCAUCAAGAACCACUGGAACUCAACCGUCAAGAAGCGCUGGGAGGAGGGUGAGAAGCGGCGCUCGGGCGGCGCGGCGCCGCCUCGCGCUGGCGCCGAGCCGACGGCGCGGUACGAACCCCGCCAGCUGCCGCCGCCGCCGCCGCCGCCUCCGCCGCCCAGCUACCCGGAGUCGACGGUUGACACCGAUUACUACUCGUCGCCAUCGGUGGAGUACACCUCGCCGCCGGCCGCCGACUACCUGACGCCGCAGCACAUGGAAUACGCCAACGUGGCCGACGCUGACUUCCAGUAUCAGACGACGGCUUGUGUGGGCUUCUCGGUGGCGGGUGCCGGCCCGUCGGCCCAGCAGCUGUGUGACCCGUUCGGCAUCGACUCUCUGGUGUCGACGCUGGGCGGCGCCGGCGACGCGCUCAGCCAGCCCAUGCCGCCGCCGCCGGCUGACCAGUACCAGGACGACUUCUCGGCCGAGCUGCCGCCCGGCGCCAUGGCCUAUUCGCCCAUCAGCUUCCCCGCCAUCGGCGAGUACUCGGCGCUCGAGGUCGACCGCAAACCGGUGCUGGGCAGUGAGUUCACCGAGUACCGCCUGGAGACGCCCUACAGCGAGCUGUCGGCCGAUCUGAGCGCGUCGGCCGCGCGGCUCUCGACGCCGCCCAUCUUGCGCAAGCGGCGCCGCCAGACCAGCUGCGCGGGAGACGAGCUGUCCGGCACGCACACGGACCUCAGCAACACCAGCCUGCUGCAGACGCCGCCGUGCCCGGUCACGCCGCAGAAGAUCACGCCGCUACCGUUCUCGCCGUCGCAGUUCUUGAACGGCUCUCGAAACGCGUUCGAUGAUCUGGGCCUGACGGGCUCGCCGAUGCGGAUCGGUCCGCUGGCACUGGAGGAUGUCAAGUUCAUGACGUCGACGCCCCAGCACGGCCGACUGACCAGGCUGGAGAUGGGCCGGCGGACCCCGCCGCCGACGACCACGCAGCUGAAGCCCAGAACGCCGGACACCCUGAAGAAGAUGCUGAAGGACAUGGAGAUCAAUAAUGGACCAAUUAUAUUUGUGGAGGACACUCCGACCCAACUGGAGGACCUGAACGAGAUCAUCAACAAAGAUCGCCAGAAUCCGACGGCCGCCGACACACCCAACACCACGGCGGCGCGCGCAGUGGCGCCCAUCAACGACAGCGGCUACGGCAGCGCCGGCACGGCGCGCGCGCGCCUCGAGAAGGAGAACCUGUCGCCGAAACGGCGCGCGCGCCGCACGCUCGCCAACACCUGGUCCACCCCCGGCAACAUCAACGUGCCGGGCCUGACGCAGACAGUCCUGCCCGAGACGCCGAGCAAGUCGCUGUCGGUGGAGCACUCGGUGCUGUUCUCGCCACCGGCGAUUCUCCCGGACAGCCUGCCUUCGAGCCCACGCGGCCGUGGCCCGGCUACUGAGCUGAAGUGGGAGGUGGUGGCUUACGGCAAGACGAGUGAACAGCGCGAGAUGGCCGAGAAGGCCCGCCAGACGCUGCGCCUACUGCGGCAGCGCAUGGUGCUGGAGGACGAGCGGGGGCCGACGCGCGCGCACCGCUGA